AUGAAGUUCCUCAUCGUAUCCAUGGCCGUGCUGGCAGUGGCUUUCGCCCAAUACGGACAAGUCCCGGCCUCGGGCCAGCCCCCGAUCGCGAUCCUGCGCCAGGCCCAGGACAUCUCUCCCGAGGGUUCCUACAACUUCAGCUACGAGACGGAGAACGGAAUCGCGGUUUCCGAGUCCGGAUCUCCCCAGCCAGCUGGACCUGACGGGGAACCAGCUGUAGCCGCCCAGGGCCAGUACCAGUACACGGCUCCCGAUGGAACUCCGAUCUCCGUCAGCUACGUCGCCGACGAGAACGGAUUCCAGCCCCAGGGCGAGCACCUCCCGGUCGCUCCUCCGGUACCCGAGGCCAUCCUGAGGUCCCUCGAGUUCAACGCCGCUCAUCCCCAGGCCGAGGAACCCGCCACGCAGCAACGCCACCGCCAAUCACCGCAGAUUCGCGCCCCUCUUGGCAGAAUUGAAGAAGGAAGAGAUCUCAUCCUCCAGGCGUUCGAGUCUCCGCGCCGAAGUGCAACCCCGCCAACCAUGAAGAUACUCAUCGCCGUGCUUGGUAUCGUGACGGUCGUUCAAGCCCAGUUGAACAGAUAUCCGCAGUAUCCUGAUUACUAUGGACGCCGGUUCGCCAUUCUUCGCCAGACGCAAGACUCCUCGCCGGACGGCUCGUACACCUUCAGUUACGACACGGAGAACGGAAUUUCGGUGGCGGAGCAAGGACAGCCGACCAACCUAGGGGUGGCCGGACAGGGCGAGGUCGUGAGAGGACAGUACAGCUACACGGCUCCGGAUGGCACUCCGAUCACGGUGACAUACAUCGCCGACGAAAACGGGUUCCACCCGAGCGGAGCCCACCUUCCGACGCCGCCGCCGAUUCCUCCUGCGAUUCAAAGAUCCUUGGCCUACAAUGCUGCCCAUCCGGAAGAAGACAAUGGCGUUCCGUACAGGAGGUUCUAGGGUCUCGCCGAGCCGGAAAACCCGGCAGAAUGACAUCUCAUCGCGACCUCCCGGCAUCCCUUUCGCGGUAUUCUUCCGAUUUCCCGAGCUGGGAAACCGCGGGGUGGCCGUCCGAGAUUUAAGAUGGCGUCCGUCCAGCGGACGCGGCAAACCGAAUAACGCUUUCGACUCUCCGUUCGACUCUGUACAGCGGCGGCGAGAUCAUACGACAAUAAAGAUAACCUCUGCGUUCUUCUCGACGAGAAGUUCCAGAAA